CGGCGGAAUGUUCCGUUCCGGAGUGAAGUCGUUUUCAUCCUUCCGUGCCCCGCUGGACGUCUGCAAUGAUGAAGGCACAUAUCGCAAAGGCCGUCGUUAAACAGCCGAGGAUGCGCUCGCUGUAUACGGCGGCGUUAUCUUCAGUCAACUCUUCAUCUGUUGUACAAUUUUUCGAUUCGGGAUAUGCCCCUCCGAGGUUGAACCCAACACCCACUCUCACAUUAUAUCCAUCUGCCCAACAAUCAAAAUCCCAAACGUCGACUCAGCCAGCGACGUCUUUGGGUCUUUCCACUAGUCCAGUUCCGGUUCAUUCUUCCGCGCAGCCCAGUUCAUCGCGGACACCGCCUAAUUCUCCCAGGACAAUCCCUCCCAUCUUCUUCCCGCCGCAGGUUCCUGUCACCCCGUCCUUCUUCCCUAGCAUACUACAGUCAGCGGAACGCACACAGGCAAGGCCUGUCUACAGGCUUGACAGUGGCGCAUACGGCAUUCCAAAAUGCCGGGGGAAAUCUCCUGUGCACAUGGCGCUUACAUCAACAUCAUUAGAACCGUGUUCAUCGGCACAGACAUCACCUGAAGCUCUCGAGCUAUCAGUGCAGGUUGGCGAUGAUAGCUACUUCAUGCGCCCAAAUGCACUCGGCGUGGCAGACGGCGUUGGCGGCUGGUCUCAGAAACCGAAUGGAAACAGUGCCUUGUUCUCGAGGAGAUUGAUGCAUCAUUGUUCGCAUGAGAUAUCCUUGCUGUAUCCACCAUCUCCACCUGUUCCACCGACUUUUCCUCCUUACCUCACACCAGCCGCCGUCCUUGCGCCUUUACCAUCAUCGUUGGUUGAUCCGAAUCCGGUCGACAUUCUUCAAAGGGCGUACGAACGGACUUUAGAGCUCUGCAAAUCUGAUGGAACGCUGGGUUCCUCGACAGCUUUACUUGCAAUCCUUCUCACCCCUCCACAUCCACAUGCCCAACCCCAACUCCGCAUUGCUCAUGUUGGUGACUGUCUCAUAAGCUUAAUUCGAAAGAACGAAUUAGUGUAUCGCUCUUCCGAACAGCAACAUAAAUUCAAUUAUCCCUUCCAACUUGGGCCCCAAUCGACGACAACACCUAUCAAGGACGCAUUACGUAUGGACCUCGCGGUGCAGGAAGGAGAUGUUAUAAUUGUUGCCAGUGACGGUAUGGGUGACAAUUUGUGGGAUGAGGACGUUCUGGAGGAGGCGGUUAAAUGGGGAUCAGACGUCAAGGGAUUAAGCGAAGCACUUGCCAAGCGAGCACUGAAAGUCAGCGAAGGAGGUGCUAUUGUAGGUGAAACUCCUUUCGGCCGGCGGGCACAUGAAGAGAAGCGAAGUCACAUUGGAGGGAAAGCAGAUGACAUCAGUGUACUCGUUGCUGUCAUUGAAGGAUGCGAUCCUAUUGGACUAAGCAUAAAUUCCUGGUCUGCUCCCGCUUCGAGAUAACAUGACCCUGAAAGUCUGAUGUCCCCCCACUAUAUGUAUCGUUCGACACUUCAUUGUCUUGAUUCUUCGUGCAAUUUGCACUUGUAACUAUCUCCUAUUGUGCAAUCUGAAAAAAAAAUGUGGCGUUCCAAGCCGCAGCCAUCACUCGCUUCACCUGUUGUUCUCGCUCCCAUGACUGGGGGUCAAACAGUUUCGCCGUCUCCUGCCUACCUAUUUCAGCAACUUUUUGUGGUCUCCUCGCCAACUCGUCGUGCAUACCGUGUACAACA